AUGUUCAACGCCAACAACGACUCGGAGAUGACGUACUUUACUGCCAUCACCAACCGCGACGUGGAGGCAAUGAAAACGCUUAUCGCGCAGAACUGCAACGUGAAUGAGGUGGCGCAGGAUCCGGCGCUGUACCACCGCACACCCCUGCACAUGUGUGUCUGGGACAACUUCGUGGAGGGUGCGAAGCUGCUACUGGACGCUGGUGCAGAUGUGAAUGCUCUUGAUGACCUGCACGACUCCCCGUACCUGCUUUCAGGUGCUGAAGGGCGGCAGGAGAUCAUGGAGCACAUCUACAAGAACGCCGAGCGAACAAUGCGGUAUGGAAGCCAGACGAGUUGCCGCAUGAAGACGAGUGUGCCGGACUACUCCAUCGUGAACCGGUUUGGGGGAUCUGCCCUGAUUCCUGCCUGCGAGCGCGGUCACGUAGAGAUGGUGCGUCUGCUUGUGCAGAAGGGUGUAGAUGUGAACCAUUACAACCACUACCACUGGACUGGUUUGCUGGAGGCUAUCGAGCUGGGUGGCGACGAUCGCGAGCACGUUGAGAUUGUGCGGAUCCUCAUCGAGAACGGUGCGGAUGUAAACCAAGUGGAUGGUGCAGGCAAGACGCCGCUGUAUCUCGCGCGCAAGCGCGAGCAGAAGCGGAUUGCUGCGCUGCUGGAGGCUGCCGGCGGCCACGAGUGA